GUUGACUUUGGAGACGCUGUAGGGCAAAACGCUUCCUUAGCCUUAGCUAUAACAUGUUACGUGCGGAGCUCUCUCUGCUUCUUCCAUCCUUUUCUUGAAUCUGCCGGAUCUUGAAUUUUCCCCCACUAGCGUGUCCCUCUGUCCCUCUCUGUCCCUGUCCCUGUCCCUGUCUCUCUCUCUCUGCCCUCCUGACAUUCGCCAAGUCUUCCCUUUUCGGGAACUCGAACAGAGCGGCCGGUUUCCGUUUACUCUUCUUCGUCUUCGUCCACGAUCUCGCGGAGUCGAUGCCAGUCGUCCUCGUCAUCAAUUCUUGAACCGGUCUCGGUCCUCCCCGAGGCCGCAGUUUUUUUUGGGUUGCGCCUUUGCUAGGUCAAUUAUCCUUUCACAUUCGAUAGCUCCAACUUGAUACGCGUUUUCGUCGAAAUUAUCGUCCUCCCCGUUUCGUCCCUUAAAAGUUUCUGGGUAGUUUACCCUGUUGAAUCUUCGUAUUCUGUAUUCAAAAUUAGAACUUCCUUGAUCCCCAGAUUCCUCAGGCAGUUUCUUGGACGUUUCUUGUUCGAUUGGAUUCAGAAUCAGUGAUAUAUAGAGCUGUGUGUGUAUUCCUCAAGUACAUCAGAAGCGGCGAUAUAUAGAGCUGUCGCUGUGGUCAAGUUUUGAGCAAGGACAAAAGUAGAGAUGGGAAGCAAAGGGUCGAAGUCGAGGAGGGACUACGGUGACUACGGGGGGUCGGCGAGCUCCCGGUGCUGCCAGUACGGGCAUUCCCAGGCGCCGCCGCCGUACGCUCAGCCGAGCCCGUGUUACACGCCUCAGCAUCGUUAUGCGCCGUCUCCAGCGCCUUCGUACGGUGGUGGCUAUGGUUCGCAGACUCCGCAGCCGAUGAAGAAGAGGCUGGACCGGAAGUAUUCGAGGAUCGCCGAUAAUUAUCGCUCCUUGGACGAGGUUACUGCUGCCCUUUCUGAAGCUGGCCUUGAGUCCUCUAAUCUGAUCGUCGGUAUUGAUUUCACGAAGAGCAAUGAAUGGACAGGUGCCAGGUCGUUCCACCGGCGGAGCUUGCACCAUAUUGGAGGUGGUAGAAACCCCUAUGAACAGGCGAUAUCGAUCAUUGGACAGACACUAUCUGCUUUCGAUGAGGACAACUUGAUCCCCUGCUAUGGAUUUGGAGAUGCGUCGACGCACGAUCAAGACGUAUUCAGUUUCUAUCCAGAUGAUAGAUUCUGCAAUGGAUUCGAAGAGGUUCUGGCACGGUAUAGAGAAGUUGUUCCCCAGCUUAAGCUUGCAGGACCCACAUCUUUCGCACCCGUCAUCGAGAUGGCCAUGACAAUUGUCCAGCAAAGCGGCGGGCAAUAUCAUGUCUUGCUGAUAAUCGCUGAUGGACAGGUGACAAGAAGUGUCGACACGCAGAAUGGGCAUCUCAGUCCACAAGAGCAAAUGACUGUUGAUGCAAUAGUUAGAGCAAGUGAGCUCCCUUUAUCUAUAAUUCUAGUCGGGGUUGGAGAUGGCCCAUGGGAUAUGAUGAGGGAAUUCGAUGACAACAUUCCUUCCCGUGCCUUCGAUAACUUCCAGUUUGUCAACUUCACCGAGAUCAUGUCGAAGAAUGUGGAUCCACGGAGAAAGCAGACGGAGUUUGCCUUAGCGGCCUUGAUGGAGAUACCUUCUCAGUACAAGGCAACUCUUGAGCUGGGCUUACUAGGGUGCCAAAUGCUGGACGCUCCAGAGAGAAUACCUGUUCCUCCACCUGCUUAUGUUACACAUCCGGUGAGCAGCUCGAAGACGUACUACCGCUCAAGCAGUUUUCAGCCAGACACUACAUACGGCAGCUAUAUUCAGACCCCAGGUGCCGACACUACUUAUGGUGGCUAUACCCAGACCCCGAGUGCGCCUACUUCCAGCUAUCGGAACGAAAAUCAUGCUUGUCCAAUUUGUUUUACUAAUCCAAAGGACAUGGCUUUCGGCUGCGGUCAUCAGACGUGUUGUGAGUGCGGUGACGGCCUUGAACUGUGCCCCAUUUGCCGGAGUUCUAUUCACACCAGGAUAAAGCUCUAUUGACGCGCGCUUGGUAGCUUCACCAACGUCACCAAGACUUUCUAGUCCAAGUACGUGCCCCUAAGGGAAGGCAGGCCCAUCCUCAUUAAGAAAGGGACUGCUGAUUAUUUCUCAGUAGGGGAUUAUUUCUCAGUAGGGGGAAGAAAUUUUGAACCGUCAGUUUAUUUACCUAGGUUCGUCAAAGGGCUGUUAGGUUUUUGAUUAUCUUCAAGUUAAUGCUUGGGCGAUUGAGAACGCCUGCGUAGGGGAAUUAGUCGUGUGAGGCAGAUGUAAAUAUGAAGAUGCUGGUCCAUCAUUCUUUCAUUUUUUUCAUCCCCUGUUUGGCGCAUUCUCAGGUCCAUUUCCAAAUACUAAACUCUGUUUCUCUUAGCUCUGUUCUGUCUAGAGAGAUCUAAUGCCUCGCCUCAUGUACUUAUGAUGUUUUUCCAUAUAAAGCCUAGUUUGUUGCAAUUGCUACUUCUGCAAUUCGGGUGGGAAGGAGGGAUCAGAUG